AUCUUAUCUUUCCCUUCUGGCAAAUAUAAAACUUUACAGCCCUAGAUCAAUGCUCUGGCCCGUUUCGUUGCUCAUAACACGUAACGCAAAGGUUUACGUCAGUUUGAUAUUCUACGCUUGUGGUCUCCGGUGAUUUUUAGCAAAAAAGCAAAAUAGCUAGACAAGUAUCCCCUGAAGAAGGUCAACAUGGGUCAGGGAGGAGGUCAUGGCUACGGGCGAGGAAAGGGGGGCAGAGGUGAAGGGUCAACGGCGGAAUUCUUAAUGAAACUCAUUAUGCUGUUCAACCUGUUCUUUAUUAUCAUGGGCGCCGCUAUGGUCUCUUUCGGCUUCUGGAUCACCCUCGACACGGAAUUCAAGCGAUGGGUGAAAGACCUGGGCAUGGAGCACUUCUGGGUGGGCGUGUACAUCCUCAUGGCUGCCGGGGGCCUCCUCAUGGUCCAGUCCUUCUUCGGCAUCUGCGGCGCCUACCAGAGGAAGUCCACACUGCUGCUCAUUUUCCAAGGGUGCCUAGUCGUCUGCUUCGUGUUGGAGAUUGUUGGAGCUGCCUACAUGCUCGCCAACGGCAUCCGCUACUCCAGAAUAGAGUAUUGGCUCACCGAUCGCUUCUACAACUUGAUUGAUGUCUACAACUACGACCAGGCAUCAGCCAGGAUAUGAACAUCGUGCAGGAGUGGGUCGGUUGCUGCGGUGCCAAGGGCUCAGCUGAUUAUGUGCGCUGGAACAAGGUCAUUCCCAGCACCUGUUAUGACCCCAUCACUGGAAAUGCUUGGUACAUAAAGGACUACGGUUACGUGGGCUGCGUUCGAGGAUUCACCAUGUUCCUGGAGACCAAAGCGGGAUGGAUUUCCGGCCUUGCUCUCUUCAUCGCUUUCUUCCAGAUCUUCUGUAUUGGAUUCACCUGUUAUUUCAUACAAGGCAAGAGGGCUUAUCAGGAAUACAGAAAGAGUCAAGAAUUCCUGGAUCGACGCUGAAGAGACCCUGCAUAUAAAGAAUUCGCUUUACCGGAUGCCCUUCCUGCCGUCAACCUAGUUAUAUAGAUUUUUAUUUUAUUUUCUCUCUUGGUUUUUAGAAAUACUUUUUUUUUUAUCAGUUUUAUGGGGAAAAGCAAGGGAAGGGAUAACAAUAGAGAAUAUUGGAAACGGAUAUUCAGUUUCAAUAUUAUUGUAAUAUUGUUAUGAUUUAUCUUACAUGAAAAUCAAAGACAUCAAAGGAUCUCGUUUGAUAUUGCUUAAAAUAAAGUGCGUGAUUAUGUUUCGUAAUUAGUGUU